AUGGCCACGACGACGGCGACGGUGACGGCGCGGGCGGCCAACGCCAACUUCGUAGCGACACCAGCGGCUCCGCAUCCUCGGCCCGUCGUGCCACCCGCUCCCCGGGCCCCCUCCACCUUGGGUCCCGUCAAGUCGGAGGCCCCUCCGGCCCCCUCGUCCACUACCUCCGCCGCCGCCCCCGCUGCCGCCGCAUCCGGACCGGAGGAUCCAUCCUACAUCAUCACCAUCCCGAGUUAUUCAGCGUGGUUCUCGUUCGACUCCAUCCACGACACUGAGCGCCGCCUCCUGCCGGAGUUCUUCGAGGGGGAGGCCGCGGCGGCGUCCGGAUGCCGGGGCCCGGGCGCGUACAAGUACUACCGCGACAGUCUGAUACGGAGAUUCCGGGCGCGGCCGGGUCGACGGCUCACGCUCACGGAGUCCAGGCGGGGACUGGUCGGCGACGUCGGCUCCAUCCGCCGCGUAUUCGACUUCCUUGAGGAAUGGGGGCUCAUCAACUACGGUGCUUUGCCGUCAGGCUCAAAGCAGGCGAAAGAGAAGAGGGAAGAGGCUGCACCACAUUCGAUUUCUUCUGGGGCAACAGCACCCAGGAAGCUUUGUACCGGGUGCCGCACUGUGUGCGGGCUUGCUUACUUUGCCUGCGACAAGCAUUAA